GUCAGAAAUUAUUCGUUAUAUUGAUUCUCUCUCUAUUUCCGGUUUCAAGAUGAAGAUCGAACUGUGUUCGUACAGUGGCUUCAAAAUUUACCCUGGUCAUGGUAAAAAAGUCGUCAAGACCGAUGGAAGGGUUUUCCAGUUUAUUAACGGCAAGUCUGAGGCGUCUCAUUUCAUGAAACGUAACCCACGUAACAUCAACUGGACCGUGUUGUACCGCAGAAAGCACAAGAAGGGUCUGAUGGAGGAGACCGCCAAGAAAAGGACACGCAGAACAACUAAGUUCCAACGUGCAAUCACUGGCGCCACCCUCAACGACAUUCUCGCCAAGAGGAACCAGAAACCUGAAGUGAGGAAAGCCCAGCGGGAACAGGCCAUCAGGGCAGCCAAGGAGAAGACUAAGGUUAAGGAUGCCCAGAAGAAGGCUGUAAGGACGGCAACUCAGAAGUCUGCACCAAAACAGAAGUCCGCCAAGAACGUUCAGGCCAAGGCUCCAAGAGUUGGCGGAAAACGAUAAAUUAUUUGUACGGCUAAUGAAUAAAAUCUGGAAAACCCAA